GCAGAGCGUCCUGCGGUGCCUCAGCCAACCGGCAGUAUGGCUCACGGGUCUCCGCUCUCCAAGCCCUCCAACCCAAGCAACCCCCGCGUCUUUUUCGACGUGGACAUUGGGGGAGAACGAGCUGGCCGAAUCGUAUUAGAACUCUUUGCAGAUAUUGUACCUAAAACUGCUGAAAACUUUCGUGCAUUGUGUACUGGAGAAAAAGGGAUCGGACCCAUAACUGGAAAACCUCUUCAUUAUAAAGGAUGCCCCUUCCAUAGAAUUAUCAAGAAAUUUAUGAUCCAGGGUGGAGACUUCUCACAUCAAAAUGGAACAGGUGGAGAAAGUAUCUAUGGAGAAAAAUUUGAAGAUGAAAACUUCCAUUAUAAGCAUGAUCAGCCAGGUUUGCUCAGCAUGGCAAAUGCAGGAUGCAAUACCAAUGGUUCCCAGUUCUUCAUCACAACUGUGCCAACUCCUCAUCUUGAUGGGAAACAUGUGGUCUUCGGACAGGUGAUCAAAGGCAUGGGUAUCACAAAGCUACUAGAAAAUGUGGAAGUGAAAGGGGAAGAACCUGCUAAGUUGUGCAUUAUUGCAGAAUGUGGAGAGCUAGAAGGAGACGACUGCGGAAUCUCUCCCAUGGAUGGUUCUGGAGAUACUCAUGCAGAGUUUCCUGAAGAUUCUAAUGUGGAUUUAAAGGAAAUUGACAAAGUUGUGUCUAUAGCUGAAGAUAUAAAAAAUAUAGGCAACACUUUCUUCAAAUCUCAGAACUGGGAAAUGGCAGUCAAGAAAUACAGCAAGUCCUUAAGGUACAUUGAAGAUUCUAAAGCUGUGGCAGAAGAGGCAGAUUCAGCAAAGUUGAAUGCUGCAGCAUUGACAUGUUACCUUAAUAUUGCUGCAUGCAAACUGAAACUAUCAGAGUGGCAAGAUGCAAUUGAGAACUGUGCUAAGGUCCUGGCCAUUGAUCCUACAAAUACUAAAGCACUUUACAGAAGGGCUCAAGCUUGGGAAGCAACAAGAGAUUAUGAUCAGGCACUGGCUGAUCUUCAGAAGGCUCAAGGCAUAGCACCUCAAGAUAAAGCUAUCCAAAUGCAAGUCCAGAAAAUUAAGCAGAAGAUAAAGAAAGAGAAAGAAAAAGAGAAGGCAGCUUAUGCGAAGAUGUUUGCUUAAGUCAAGACGGUUUCCCCUCCUUAAUUUGUGCACUGAUAAAAGGCAGGAUUAGUAUGAGUAGUAGUGACAGUAUGUUAUUGACUGUCAUCUAUACUGAUGCUGUUUCAUAUGUUUACAUCUUGGAUUUUCCUUCAGGUUAUAAUUUCAAAUACCUUUUGUCAUUAAAUUCAGUAGUAAGACACUUAACAGUAGUCGUAUCUUUAAUCUAAAAAAUGUAAGAAAAACUAGUAAGUAAAACUUUAGAAUGAUGCAGUGCAAUGAAUUUGGACAAAGUCAGUAACAAACUGGAUGUUUUAAGUUCAGCAGGCUACUUCUACCCCCUCUUGUCUCCACCUGUAACUUCCACUACUACAAAUUCAAAUGCUGUUAAAGUGGUAUUGAAUAAAUAAACUGAAUUUCUAAGCAUCA